UGUUCUCUCUCCGUUACGUUUCGAACUCACCCCCACUUUGUGUGCAGCCAUUUUGAUUCGGUCUCUUUUGGCUUCGGCGGUUCCCGGACCAAUUGGUGCGCGCUGGAACGGGCGCCCGCAGCGGGGAUACAGCGACGAGAGGGUGCACCUUCAGUCGAGGCCUUUAUGUUGUUCACUUCUUGGGUUAUGCCAUGAAUUGUGAAGAGGAGGUUGUCGAGAAGGUAGUGCAGUCGUGGUCAAGACUGGCCUUAGCUGGACAAGCGACUUUUCUAGAGGCCUUGAAGGUGUUCAGCCCCAUGUCAAAAGAUCUUCUGGACACUGAGAGACAGCUGGUCUCCUUCCUGCAGGGACUCAAAGAUGAGGGACACAGACCCACUGUGCUGAAGAGCAAGGAUGUGUAUGGGUACAAAUCUUGCACAACAGAGCCUCUUGCUCCGGAGAAGGUACCUAAAAUUGUUGAAGUUCCCAGCAAAGUACUGAAGGUGCAGAAGAUUAAGAAACGCAGCCGGAAGCCUCUGGUGAAGAAAAAAGAAGCCGGCUGCACGCAGUUAACGACAGACGCCAAAGUCAUCAUAAAGAAUCAUCCCAAAGUCCUGCUGAGCAACCUUUCAGAAGAGUCCUGCCAAGAGACAGUGCUAUCCAAAGCUCCGCUGCUCACAGACAGACCUGCACAGUGUCUGAAACUGACCAAUAUCACAGGGCCGUCCGGUGGCCACACGGCACGGCUGCAGAUCCGCUCGGACCCGGCACCCCUGGGCAUCGCUGCGCCCAACUCUCACUUGCCAAGGGGACGGUCUGGGAUACCGGUACAACCGCUGGAGAGUGCAGGCAAGACACCUGAAGUGGUGGCUCUGGAGAACAGCAAGUUGUCCUCUCCAGCGAAGGUGGGAGUGGCCCUGAGUGGAGAUGUUGCUCUGGGGGUUUACGACACCGUCAAGGUUUUGAACAAGGGCCACAACGGCUACACUAUGGUUCCUCUGAGAAUAAGCAAAGCCAAUAGCACGCUAGACUGGAGGGACAGGGCUCGUGUCGCGGUGCAGGCCGGCACUGUCUGGGACAGAGACCAGGAGAACUCAAGACUGAUGGAGAACAGUCUAAGGUUUAAGGUGAUCAAGGUGGAUGGUUCUGCCACAGAUGAGGAGGUGAGGACAAAAGCCCAGAAGAUCUUACAAGUCAACUUGUCCCCUGUAAUACAGAUCACGCCACUCGUGGCAUACCCCGUGUGAACCAUAUUUGUUUUAAAGGAACUUCUGUACUCCUGCAGCAGCUCUUUUCACACUCUCUAGUCCUUUGAGUAUAUUUGGAUAUAGAUGCCUUGAGGACUAUUAAUGUUUAGAUAAAACCUGUUGGCCUCUUUCUCUCUCGUCUUUUUCAGUGAGUAAAAGGAUUCAAUUUUUUUUUUUUUUUAAUUAUAUAAGGAGUUUCUGCAAACGUAUUUUUCAGAAAACUUUAUCCAGUAUGGUGCGAAGUUUGAUUGUAAGCCCUAUCAAAUGCCAUGAGUCAGUCUAAAACAAUUUCAAAAAGCCGAGCCAUUUUGCUACGUAGUAUCCAUUGAAAUUAUUUUCUAAUUUAUGUUAACACAUUUGUUUUAACUUAACAACACAACAAGAAUUGUUUCUUAAUUUAACUUUAAAUUUCGUUAGGAAAUCUUUAGUCCCACCUUAGUCAAAUUAAAAAAUGGAUUUUCUGAAUGUAGUUACCCUUGUCUUCGGGUACUGGCCUUGUGUUUUAUCUUUAUUUUUUUUAAUAAAUAAAAGAGGGACAAGGAUGCUCAGAAAUUGUGAUAGUACCCGUGUUAAGUGCAUAUUUCAGUAUGGUUUACUUAUUUCACCAUGGUUUACUUUUGUAGGGUUAUAGAA